AUGCGAUAUCAAAUACCUUGUUGUGUAUUGAAUUGUCGAGUACUGUCUGAAUCACAAGACGAAUUCGAACAGCACUAUAAAGACGUUCAUGGUAUCGUUGCACGUUCGACCCCACAUUAUGAUCAUGAGGACCAUGUGCAAGUCAAGACCAAAGAAUCUGAGGCUACGGAAGAACCUGAGGCAGUCAAGAUGGAAGACUUACAUGAAGACGAUGCCAUCGUGGCUGGAAAAGCACUGCUUGUUCCCAUUUCUACUACUCCUACGAGAUACGAAAUGAAUCUACCGGAUGAUCGUCGCAUUACAGUUGAUCUCUCAUUCAUCAGGUUUGGCAUCAGAGUUGUACUUCGUAUAUUUGGAUCGAGCUCAUGGGUCCGCCUGAAUCAUAGUGCUGCGGCAUCUGAAAUGUUGCAAGCUUGUUUCGAUACCGAACCAUGCAAAAGGGCGUUUCAGAAUUCUCUUGUUGGAGCUGUUUUCUCUGAUGUAAAACAAGCAAUCAUUCAUCAUCCCUUGUGGCCAUGGAGUGUCUUUGCUGAAAGGAGAAGUAUGUCAAACUCAGAGGACGACCUUCUGAAAUGCUGCUGGACGAUGGUUGUGAGCUUUCGAGGUCUUGCCACCAACAACCAUGAGAUCUCUGAUGAUGAUGACGAGCCUUCAAUCUUCACCAGGGCAACUCUUGUGCCUGAAGAAGUACCCACUUCAACAACAAGCCUUCAAAUUAUGCCGCAAGCAGAUUUGAAUGGUCUGCCAGAAUCUUCAGAAGUCAUAUCAGCAAUGGAAUUGGAUGCUGCUCAAAGUGAAGAAGUCCUGGCUGUUCUCUCCAGAGUCUCAGUAUCACGACGCGGCACAUACCGAAGGCGUGGAUCGGGCAGGAUUCGAAAGGUGGUGGUUACCCAUCGAAGAAUCCCACGUCGUCGAGGGCGGAUUAUCCAAGUUAUGGAUUUACUUGAUGUGGUCAGAUCGUUGUGGGAACAGAUCAAGAUAUUCACUGGUUCAAUCAAGAUAUUCAAUGCUGUUCCUGGAUCGAUACCAAACAUUGCUUGCCUGACAGCCCAAGUGAAAACAUGCAAAGUCUGUCUCUCAACUUUGCCAACAUUACGCAUCGGAGACGAGGACGGAGUGGUCCCACAAUCAGAUCUAUUCGUAAAAAACAGGAGGAGAAAUACAAGUGCUGUGAUUAGGUACCGCCAUUCGGAUUCGACGCUACGAACCGUGUUGAUUGAUUGUGGCAAGUCGUUUUAUGAGGCGUGUAUGCAGUGGUUUGUUCGGUAUGGAUUGAGGAAAAUUGAUGCGCUGAUCUUGACUCAUGGACAUGCAGAUGCAAUGAAUGGAUUAGACGAUCUAAGACAGUUUACAAUUGGACCAGAGUCGUAUAGAUGUCAGAGUCAUAUCGAUAUACAUCUUUCCAAGGAAACGAUGAAAGUCGUUGGAGGCGUUUUCCCGUAUCUAGUGGAUAGUGCUAAAGCUACUGGUGGUGGUGAUAUCCCAACAACACAAUUCCACAUAUUUGACCAACAUGGUCCUGCGCCCUUCUCGACAGGAGAAUUAGAAAUUAUUCCAUUCGAAGUUUACCACGGUGUCUAUAACGAUGGCAAGACGCCAUUCAUCUGUAACGGUUUCCGAAUGGGGCCUUUAUCGUACGUCUCGGACGUUUCCUUCAUACCGGAAGAAGCAAUGAACAUUAUGAGAGGCAGUCAGGUCAUCGUUAUUGAUGCUCUCCGGCUUUUUGGAUCACAUAUAUCGCAUUUUGGAGUAGAUGAGGCCAUUGAAGCUCUUUUAAUAUUGAAGCCUAAGGUUGGGUACCUGGUAGGAUUUAGUCAUGCUUCGGAUCAUGAUGAUGUCAAUCAGUAUUUGUCGGCCAAUAAGGCUUUAGCGGAGGCUUGUAUUCAUGUAGAGGCUGCUUAUGAUGGUCAACGUGUAUCGCUUGCAGAUAUACUGAAUAUAUAA